AUGGCGUCCAUAUCCACUUGCUUCUUUACUCCAACACCCAAGUUCAAGCUCAAGCCUCAGUCCGCAGCCUUCUAUCCCAAACCCUUUUUCCGGCUUCAUUCAAUUAGGUUGCAGCCGUCUCUGCAUUUUAGCACUAACUUAAAACUUCGCCGGAGUGCUAAACGCUCUCUUGGUUUGGUUCGGGCUAGUAGUCUUGAUGUCACUACUUCGGCGAUUAAGCCCGGAGCUGCCGUUGAGAGUGACAAGCUUCCGUCCGAUGUGCGGAACCGGGCGAUGGACGCCAUUGAUUCUUUUGGAGGCAGGGUUACUGUUGGUGACGUGGCAAGCAAGGCUGGUUUGAAGCUUAAUGAAGCUCAGAAAGCUCUCCAGGCCCUUGCCGCUGAUACUGACGGUUUCUUGGAGGUAUCAGAUGAAGGUGAUGUAUUAUAUGUAUUUCCGAAGGAUUACCGCGCAAAGCUGACAGCUAAAUCAUUUAGGAUGAGAAUUGAACCUGUGGCAGAAAAGGCAAAGCUGGGAGCUGAAUAUCUCGUUAGGGUCUCCUUUGGAACAGCGCUGAUUGCGUCCAUUGUAAUUGUCUUUACAACAAUUGUUGCUAUUCUUUCAAGUAGAAGUGAAGAUGACAAUCGUAGAGGACGUGGCAGAUCUUAUGGUGGUGGUUUCUCUGUGAAUUUCUUUCCAAGUGAUCUGUUUUGGUACUGGGAUCCAUACUACUAUAGGAGGCGGCGAAUGAGAGAUGAGAGCACCGAUUCGAACUUCAUUGAAUCUGUAUUUUCCUUUGUAUUUGGGGAUGGUGAUCCAAACCAAGGUAUUGAAGAAGAAAGGUGGAAGUUGAUUGGAGAAUACAUUGCUUCAAAUGGUGGUGUUGUUACUGCUGAAGAACUUGCUCCAUUUCUUGAUGUGGAGACUGAAGACAAAACGGACGAUGAUUCCUACGUAUUACCUGUGCUUUUGAGGUUUGAAGGUCAGCCUGAACUAGAUGAAGAGGGAAAUAUCCUUUACAGAUUCCCAUCAAUUCAACGUACUGCUGCCCCAGGGAGACGAGGUAAGAAGGAAUAUCUGGGAAGAAAAUGGGCUAAUUUGGCCAGAGGGCAGAAUUUUUUCAAGGAAAAUAAGUGGAGCUUUAGUAAAACUAAUGCUUCAGAGCGGGCGAUGGUCAUCGGCUUGGGUGGGCUCAAUCUCUUUGGGGUUAUUGUUCUUGGUACCAUGCUGAACACGGCAGUUGAACCCGGAGGAUUUAUCUCGUUUGUGUCCAGUAUAUUUCCCUUGCUUCAGAUAUAUGCUGGCUCUUUCUUUGCAAUUCCUUUGUUUCGAUGGUUUUCCAUUCAAAGAACAAAUGCUAAAAUUGAAAAGAGGAACAAAGCUAGGGAAUCACGUGCUCGGGUGCUAGAAUUGCCUGAUGUGCCCCUUAGACGGAAGCUUUUGAAUGCUCGGGACAUGGCAGAGAGAACUUACAUUGGACAGGAUAGAAUUGUCUACAGUACCGAGAAGGACUUCGUGGAACAAGAUUAUGAUGCUCAAGAAUGGGAUCGAAGAUUUCGGGAGAUGGAGAAGUCAGACUGA